UUGUAACCUUACAACUUCAAAACAAUCCACAAUGGCCAUGGGCAAAGGUUUCAAGCUCUUUCACUCCCUUUUCUUAGUGAUUGUUUGGCAAUGUUGUGCAAAGGUGGAUGCCACUUUUGGCGAUGUCAACGGUGUUGUAAAUCUCGAUCAUCAAUUUUCAUUUCGUGCCUUUGGAUCACAAGACACACAAGCCCCAACGGUUGCACCAAUUGGAAGUAGCACAGAAGUCCCGGUGGCUACACCAUUUGGAAGCAUUGCUCAAACUCCGGAGGCUCUAACCCCGGAGGGUGCAUCGGUCGGAAGCAUUGCUCAAACCCCGGAGGGUGCAUCGGUUGGAACCAUUGCUCAAACCCCUGAUGCUGCAUCGGUUGGGAGAAUUGUGUUGGAGGCAGCACCGUUUGGGAGAAUUGCACUACCUCCGAAGGUUGCACCAGUUGGAAGCAUGGCUCAAACCCCAACUAUUGCACCAGUUGGAAGUAGCACACAAAUGUGAGAGUAGCAUUGCUAUGCAUAGAGGAACACCUCAGCCAAACUAAAUCAUUAUUUUGUAGACAAAUUCAUUAUUUCUAU